AUGAUAUUUUUAACUUUAGAACAUAUAUUAACUCAUAUUUCCUUUUCGAUUGUUUCAAUUGUAAUUAUAAUUUAUUUAAUAACCUUUUUUAGUGAUGAAAUAAUAAAACUAUAUGAUUCGUCAGAAAAGGGCAUGAUCGCUACUUUUUUAUGUAUAACAGGAUUUUUAGUGACUCGUUGGGUUUAUUCAAAGCAUUUUCCAUUAAGUAAUUUAUAUGAAUCAUUAAUCUUCCUUUCAUGGGGUUUCUGCAUUAUUAAUAUCGUUUCAUAUUGCAAAAAAAAACAAAAUUAUUUAAGUGUAAUAACCACGCCAAGUGUUAUUUUUACACAAGGUUUUGCUACUUCAGGAUUUUUAACUGAAAUACAUCAAUCAGAAAUAUUAGUACCCGCUCUCCAAUCCGAGUGGUUAAUAAUGCAUGUAAGUAUGAUGGUUUUGGGUUAUGCAGCUCUUUUAUGCGGAUCAUUAUUAUCAGUAUCACUUCUAGUCAUUGCAUUUCGAAAAAACAUAACGAUUUUUUGUGAAAGGGAUUUUUUUAUAAAUUAUUCGAAUAAAAGAAGCUAUUUUUUGUUUAAUACUUCUUGGUUUUCUACUAAAAAUUAUUAUAGAUCUCAGUUGAUUCAAGAGUUGGAUUAUUGGAGUUAUCGUAUUCUUAGUCUAGGAUUUAUCCUUUUAACAAUAGGUAUUCUUUCCGGAGCAGUAUGGGCUAAUGAAGCAUGGGGAUCCUAUUGGAAUUGGGAUCCAAAGGAAAUUUGGGCUUUUAUUACUUGGACCAUAUUCGCGAUUUAUUUACAUACUCGAACAAAUAAAAACUUGCCCCCCGCAAAUUCUGCAAUUGUGGCUUUUAUAGGCUUUCUUCUAAUUUGGAUAUGCUAUUUUGGGGUUAAUCUUUUAGGAAUAGGGCUACAUAGUUAUGGUUCAUUUUCGUUAACGUCUAAUUGA